CUGAUUUUCCAGAGGGGAUGAAUGACCAAAACAUGGAAGUAGCUCGUGAGGUUAUGAUCAAUGAAAUGAUGAAGACAAAGCCAAAGGAAUCCCUGGUUAAGAAAGAGAUGGAUGUGACGUUUGCUUUUCGCAGAAAGGAGAUUGUCAAUGAGAAGCCUGCCAUCAGCCAGGUGGUGCAUCGUUGGCCAGCUCUUUUUACAGAAAAUCAGGUUUAUUAUGAAUUUGGCAGAGUGGUAGGGAAAAAUCUCAGGGAAAACUUCUUGGAUGCACUUGACAAUUUGUCUCCAAGCCUCAUGGCCCUCUUCAAAAAGAAGAAAGGCCUUACUGGUCAGCUUUUGGCUGAACUUUUAUGCCAGACAAAGACAACUGAGCCAACAGACGUCAGAUGCCUUUGUCUUCGGGGACUGCCGGUCACCUUGGGCGAUGAUCCUUCUGCAUUCUUCAAGACCUGCUUUGACACAGCUGACAAUGACUUGUACAGGCAAACUCCAGUGGGAUUGCUUUUCAUCGGUGAAGAGAACCUUAAGCUGAACCCAUCCAAAGUGGGAAUCAUCUUGGAAGGGAAUGUGGUGAUGGAUGAUCUGGCCAACCUUCCUCAGGCCUUCUGUGUCCUUUUUGGACUGAUAUAUGCCCUGCACCUGGACUAUCCCAGAUACAUGAAAAACACUUUUUGCUUUGUUCAGCAGGUGAUGUUUAACCUGGGUAAAAGUGAGCUGCCACCCAAAAUUCAGACUCUGAAAAACCAACUUGCAGUGUAAAGAGGUGUUGUUACACUAUUUCUCCAGAUAGGAGAAAGAUUGUUUGUUCUUUUAGAAAAGGGACUUGUUUGCACUGUUAUGCCCUUUUUGUAUAUCAUGUUAUUGGAUUGGCACUGAUAUAUCUAGUUUCAUUCAGAUUAACAAACCAAAACUGAGGAAAAUCAGUUUGCAGUGUUAAGUGGUGUUCUGAAUCAUUGCACCUGAUACCAGGUGCCUAGUUUUAUGUCGUGCUUUUAGAAAAACAAUCUGUUGUGUAUGUUCACAAUAAAGCAUUUUACCCCUAACCGGGGUGUUUUCAACAAA